UGCGUAGCAUGGACAGAGACAAGGACGGUAGUCACGUGACGUGUUAUUAACUUUCGCACGUAAGAAACAUUUGUCGUGAAGAGUUGUAAAUAUGUAGGGUUUGUGCUGAACAUUUAUUGUUUCUAAAUGUGUUUUUAGGAAAUCUAAGUGCUUCAAAAUUAAUUAUCUGGUGAAGAAUGGAAGGAAAUAUAGAGAUUGGGGGGAAUCAGGGUUCUGAGGAGAAUAUUUGGGCCAGGAAGAUAGGACAUUAUAACACUGUGGACAUGUUAUUUAUAUGGGGCUACACGCGUUGCUAACAAAUACUUGCCAGGCCACGUAAUUAAAAAAUGUUUCAAUAAUUGCAUUAAUUACUUAACAUAUGUGUUAAUACUUUAUAAAGUGGUACUGCAUUCUUGAAUGAUCAAUGAAUUUCGAAGUGCUUUUACACUGAAAUAAAAACUGUUUAAAGAAGAAACUUAUUGUGAUCGUGUCAUUUUAUGUGUUUGUGAUGUUGGUGACUUUGAAAGUGGAGUACAUUCAUGCGCCCCCAUUGGACUUUAUCAGCGUUCCAAUGUGUACGGAAGCUUUCAACUGAGGCAGGACUACAAGCCUGGGACGUGGCAGCGAAUGUGACUAGGCUUCGAUUCUCAGCAGAGAAGUAUUUUACUGCGAUGUCCAGACUGGCUCCGGAGUUCGCAGUGGUUGCUGGAGUUCUUUCCUCGGGGCAAGGCAGCAAGUGCGAGUGCGUGGGUGUUUCAUCUCGGUGUGAACUGGAGUCUGAUACAAGUUUGAACUCUCUGCAAGUCUUCUUUGCUGUAGAGAACGCAUUUUACGCGAAAGAAGUUCCAUUUGCGUGCUAACGGUGAGAACAAUGAUGAGAUACGGAACUGUCCCAUCCUCCGUGACACUUGUCCUGCUAGUAUUCAUUCAGCUUCAGAACAGCGUAUCCCAUGCGGGCCCAGUCUCCUUCAGCAACGGCGGGUACGACGGUGUGGUCGUAUCCAUCGCCGAUAAUGUCCCGGCGUACGACUGCAAGAACAUCCUCGAGAAAUUAGAGAUGUCCAUGACUGAAGCGUCGCAGUUUCUACACCAGUCACUAGAUGGCAGGGCGUACUGGAGGUCUGUGACGGUGCUGCUACCUGACACAUGGCCCUCAAACUGCUUAGCCCGGUCUAUCAUCGGCUCAAGUGGUGAGCUGCCGGAUAUUUCGGUUGGGGUGCCCCAUCCCGUGUUCGGCAACGCACCGUGGACACAGCAGUCGCAAGGAUGUGGACAAGUCGGUGAUAUGAUCCAUCUCAGCUACAGAAGGCUCCAGAAUAUUGGUCGCUUGCUUGUGCAGCAGUGGGUUAAAUAUCACUAUGGUGUAUUUGAUGAAGUUGGUUACCAGUCGGAUCCAGUUUAUCCAAUCUGCUACCAGAAUGAUCGUGGCCAGAAACAAGUCACUGGCUGCUCAGAUAUUCCAGUCCAGGAUAUGGGGAUAUGUGAGAACCCAGGUUCAUGGUACAACAUCAGUGAACUGGUGCACCCAGAUGCUAGCUCAUCUAUCAUGUUCACUGCAGAAGCCCCCCAGCUGAACAGGUUCUGCGAUGCAAGCACUCACAACAGAUAUGCUCCAACAAAACAUAACCUCAUUUGUAAUCGCAGGAGUACGUCAGAAGUGAUCCUACAACACGCAGACUUUGUCAACAGUAUUGAAGAUUCAUCAUUUGUAACAAAUACAACACCAGUGUUUCAUUACAAGAAGCGACUCUUGACAAGGUAUGUGUUGGUGAUAGAAGGCACCAGAGACAUGCUCAUACGAGAAUCAUGGACUUUCCUGCGAUUGGCUGUACGCAAGUGGGCAGGUCAUGACCUUCCAGCCAACACUGAGGUGGGACUUGUACUCAGCAAUGAUACGACAGGACAUCGCCUUUUGCCACUGUCUCCACUCAACAACCAUGUCAGGAGUCAGAUAUCAGGAAAUAUUCCAUUCACUCCAGGAGACUCGCAUUCUGCAGCGUGUCUCCACUGCGGUAUCCGGCAGGCACUUGAUAUGCUUCAAGAACGAUAUCACAUCAGGGGGCCUGCCAGUUCCAUUAUAGUGGUGAUUGCUCCGGGCAUGGAUCAUUCUAUUGAGAUUGAGCCAUUACUGAGUCAAGCCAUUGAUGAAGGUGUUCGUAUCGCUACCAUCAACUACCCAGCCAUUCUCCGCCCUCUCCCACUGGAUCAUCUGGCACAUACUACAGGUGGUCCAUACUACACAGUGCAGGAGCAGCGCUACAACAUCGCUGCUUCGUAUGUGUCAACGUACUUCAAACUGGCCAAUGUUAUGUUCAGCAUUGCAACGCAGUUUUAUCAGGGCAGUAUGGCUGGUAUGCCACUUGAGAUUCAUAGGCGAGAACUGUCCGAUGAUGGACGUAGCAGCGUGACUGGCAGCUUUGUGCUUGAUGAGUCACUUGGCGAACCUGCCCAGUUCACUGUAUUCACCCACAACAUUGAGAAUCCAUUAAUACGAGGCAUCUCGCUGGUCAGUCCAUCCCAGGUUGUCUAUUCAGCCCAGUCAGAUUCUCUGGUUGCCGUCAAACUACUCACACUAUUUGCAAAUAUCAACGAGACUGGUACAUGGACGUACACCAUUGAGCGCUUUACUGGGAAUCCUCAGCCCCACUUCGUACAGGUGACAGCAACCCCAAGGUCUUCAACAGCUCCUGUUGUCAGAUCUCGUGCCUGGGUCAGUCAUGCAGUUUCCCCACUGGUUCUUUAUACUGAGGUGAAGCGUGGAGAUUACCCAGUUCUUGGUGCUAAGGUGGAGGUGACGGCUGUUCAUCCUGCAAGCAAUGGCUCCAUUCUGCACAAGGAGACAUUUGAGUUGCUUGAUACAGGUGGUGGGGACCCAGACAUCACAAAGGGGGACGGAGUAUAUACACGUUACUUCAAUGUAGGCCAUGGUGGACCAGGUGUCUACACGUUUGAGGUGACAGUUACAGACAACAGCAACACUGCAUACUCUUGGCAAGAAACAUUGUCCAUACCGUCGCCAGACUCCAGUGCACAGUGCUGUGGCAGCGUGGUGCCAACUCCAGCCGUACAACCGCUUGCCCCCUUCCAGCGAGUCUUGCCUCCAAUCUCCAUCACUUUUUCACGUGAUGACAUUUCGUCACACCCCAUUGUGGGUCGGAUUGGUGACCUACAUGUGGAGUUACUUGCCACUGACUUGAAAGCUCGCCUCACGUGGACUGCCCCUGAUAUUGGUGGUUUAUCUGUGGCUCAUUAUGAGCUCAGGUAUGCUCGAACCAUAGCUGAUAUUGUUGAUCGCUUUGAAUCAUCCAUGACUUGGGAAUAUGGCACCCCUUUCCCACUAUCUCCUGGUUCUGAAACAUCAUUUACUCUUGAUUUUACAAGAAAUCCCUCACUGUUAGAUGUUCCCUUAUAUUUUUCCAUUCGUGGGUUUAUGGAUAGUGCUGAAAAUUCUCUUGGUGGUCCCAUUUCAAACUGGGUUUAUGUUCUUGUCCCUUCACCUCCACCACCACCUCCACCACCUUCCACACCCCCUACAUCCACAUUUGACCUUUCAUCAUGGCCUAAUGAAAGGGAUGGUGAGGACACUGUUGUUCCUCGCAUUGCUAAAGACUCUGACUUUGGACUAGAACUAAUACUGCCCAUUGUUGGAGGAGUUGCUCUUCUAACGGUUUGCAUAGCCGUGUACUGUUACUUAUGUGUUCUUCGCCGUCGCCAUGGGAACUCUGAUAAGAAAGAAAACAGCAAAGGGAAACAUUCCAGUACUGGGAAGCAGCAGGUAACAUCACAAAACACUGCCAUUACAAUUGUUCCUUCAUCUCCCAUGUCAGUGAACAAUGGUAGCAGCAAUUUGAGUUUGUCUCCAUCACAAACUCAGGAGUCAAAUGGACUGCCACAGUUUGAUUCUUGUCUUGGUGAUGAGAAAAAGCGAUUCAGCGUGGCACAACUCCAGCAAGAGGAGCAGAUGCUGCAGCAACAACAUGAACAGAUGCUUCAGCAACAGCAGCAUGUGACACCACAUAUUGUAGCAAACCCUAACGUUAGUGGUAUCAGCACCAUAUCAAAUGGUUCCAACACGCUAGUACGUGGUCGAACACUCAGCCCUUACCAGUCUUGGACAGCAUCACAGCUGCUUCAUGAACACGAACGACGCCACAGUCCGUAUGGAGGGGUUGGAGAAGAAGUCAUGGGGAGUGGAAAUCAGACACAGCAGCCUCCCCUUGUACCACCACUUCCAUCUUUCAAUCCUCAGCACAGUGGGAUGUAUACAUCUGGACCUAUUUAUGGUGUACAUCCGGGCACAUUGGUAAAUGGUGGUUAUCACAGAAAUGGAUCCUUGGUCUCUUUUAACCCCAGUCUUCAGGGAUCACUCAGUUCGGUCAGUAGUGGUGACAGAAAGAAGCGAAAUGUGACAAUGGUGUAAUUAGUUGGUUUCACGUUGGUACUGGAACCAGUUCUUAAGCUAAGAGGCUGAAGCUUUAAUACUUGUAGUAAUAUACAUUAAAUAGAAAGUUUAGUUUUGAUUAUGAACUUUGAAUGAAAGAUCAUUUGUGAAAAUGUUUGUUUGGAUGUGGUUCUAAGCAAUUGUGGAAAACAUCUCAGAGGAGGCAAUCCUUUCUAAAUGGUGUUUUCACAUACUAGUCAUGUACUGCAUCACAUUUGUUCAGAAAACGGUGUAUCUGUGUAGUAAGAUUCAAGACUUUGACUGCUCACGUACAACCACAAUAUAAUGUUGAAGGACGAACAACAUUUGUAUGUGCAAGGCUUUAUUUGGCUACUUUGUGAUGGUUACGUCAAGUGAGAAUGGCAGUGGCCUGUUUCAGUAUAUUGUCAUGACAUUAGGAUGGAGAGACAAAGGAAAACAUAAAGGACUUCGGUAAAGAUUGCUUGUUCCAAACCAGGUAACUCUCGAGUGCAAGUCAGAUUUGUCAACACUGAGGUAAUCUGCUUAAGCAAAAGGUUUGGUUGGUUUUAUUUGAUUAUUUUUUGAUUCUGUCAGUUUUGACUGAGAUGUGGUAAGAUAAUUGUGAUUAUGAGGGAUGUGGGAGGAAGAAGUUAGCGCAUAUUUAAAGGUGAUAUUUGCUUGUAGGGAAGAUAGCAAAUGUGCCCACCUUUCAUCAUGUGAUGGUUCUCAUUUGUACAGUACCCAGCUAGUGUCACACCAAUUUUAGCUAUAGCUGACUGCCUUUGGCGAUGAUUAAUAAGUUGCUGUUUCCUGUUAAAUGUUGGCGAUAUUUCAGGUUCUCAUAGCAACAAAUAUAAAGAUGGCUAUCUUUUGGAGUAUUGUAUUGUGUAGUCUGGUAGAUUUUUAUUGAAGUGUGUCUACUACCUACAGGCAGACUACAUGGUUCAACAUCCCAGAAAUCUUAUCUAUGAUUACUUAUUGGCUGCCUUUGGUGAAGAUGAUUUUGUCUAGUACAGGAUCAGCAGUAUGAAGUCCAUCUUCAGGGGUUAUGGGGCAUGCAUUGCAGUGAUAUGGGAUUGAUAGGAAAUGAAGAACAGUAGGUUAUGAGUGCUGAAGGUUUACUUGGUCCAACUUACCGAUCAGUCGUAGAUGAAACUAAUGCACAGUGAGUACACAACAGAUGCAGUAAGUUAAUGAUACUAAUUACUUAUUUAACACAAAUCAGUUUGUAAGAAUAAUGUUGUUACAUGAAAUACUUUAUUUGUUUGCCCAUGUUAAUAGAAUAUAUAUAACUACUGAGAUUA